AGUGUAAAUGGUAUUAAAGUCAAAUCAAAUACACACAUAUAACUAAGGCCUAAGCGGUAAAUACGUGUUAACUUCUUUGACAUUAGAAUAAAAACUGAAAACGCAACAAAUAACAAUAUUAUUAAUAAUAAAAAAAACAAUAAUUAAUAAUAAUAAAUCUGUCUGAUCGUUUCUUCUUAUAUUUUUUGUUGAACUUGCGUUGUCGUCUUCUACGGUAUAAUACAAUUAGAAAAAUCUUCCAUCUCUUUGACUUAAUCAAGCAGUCGUCGUCGUCAUCAUCAUCUCUCUGUGGACAAUCAUUGUACAAUUACAGAACGUCGCCAAACAUCAAUUACAACAAUUAUACACCAAUAACAACAGCUGCAUAAUUAUCUAAAGAGGAAAAAAAAUUCAAUCUCAUCAUUAUAAAAAAAAGAUUCUAACAAAAAAAAGAGUUAGCAACAACAUCAUUGGCAUUUACAGCACCGAAACAACAAAAACAACAUCACAACAACAACACAACAACAACAACAAAAAACAGCAACAACAACAACACAGCGCAACACCAUUAUAAUGGACAAUCAGCCAAAUGAUUUUGUUGAAGUAGCAUUUGCUCCAUCCUACGAAAAUGUUGGCUACACUCCAAAUGAGGUCACAGAAAACCCCGACAAGCCCUCUCAGCAACAUCCACCUCCAUCUAAUUCAUCCUCUUCUUCCAAAGCUGCCACAACUGCAGCGGCUACAGCAACUUCAUCAACGUCUCCACUGGAUAAAUCUAACGGAGCCUCUUCUGAAUUGAACCGCAAUCGGCCGCACAGUGCAUCUAUGAUGAGUCGCAAGAGUACACUCAGUACCAGGAGUCAUGCCUCGCUCAGUGUUAGCACCUACGUCUCGGAAUAUGCUGCUGGAAAGAUGUAUUCUUAUAAGGACGGCUCAUUCAGCAAAGCAGUGGACAAAUGCAAGGGCAUCUUCAACGAGCAGGAUGGAGAAUUCAUGGGAGCAUGGCUGCUUACUGAAAUAGGCUACUGGGACACGGAGCACGAAAUGAUGGUACUUCUGACUCAGGAGAGUAUGGCGGUCGUCAAGUAUAACUUCAUCGGAGACAACAUCAGACUCUGGAGGAAGAUUUACUUGAAAGACAUCAACAAGCUGCAGAUUGCCGAUCUUACGUACCCCUCUGUCACUCUUAUGAUACCACGUGAUCAUGGUGGAGUACGUCUGCACCUAGGGACCCCGACAUUCCUGCAGCGUUGGAACCCCUGGUGCAACGACAUUCCCCUAAUGACCUUCACCCACCACCCCACCAUCUACAACAAAAACGAAACCGACACCCUAGUGCGUAUUGGCGUCCAUAUUAAAAUUCGAAUUAUGGAAACAAGAUGGAAACAUUCGCCACGCCACGCCACAGGUCGCGAGUUGAAGGUCGACGACAGCCCGAUAGUUGUGGAGUCCUACGCAGGCCUCAUCUCCGUCCUGCACAAUCAGAACAAGCUCGGUUUCAAUCUGGACAGGAAUGGAAUGACAUUUUAACGAAAUAGGCGGGGCUUAAGCGCAUCUGAUUGACAGCCGAACUUGAUGGGGAUGAUGUCGGUGACUAUUGAUUGAUUUGUUGAUUUCUUACCGCAUUACGUUAUGCUUUCAAAGCGUUUUUAUUUUCCCUUUUCGUUUGUAUCUUUUAAACCGCAUCUACGUACGUUUUUAGAGUUUAAAUUUUGAAAUCUUUUAAAAAUGUCCAAAAAAAUUUGUAAAUUAAUAUUGAAACAUGCUAAUUUCUAACAAUAAGUUAACAUUCAAAUCAACCAAAUAACUACUCUACCAAUCAGCCAACCAACCAACCAACAAACAAAUCAAUCAACCAAUCAGCCAACCAACCAACCAAUCAACCAACCAACCAAUUGGUCAAUCAAUCACAGACAAACCCCAAAUACAUUGGUUAACUAAAACAGUGCUAAUAUUUGCGUGUUAAGUUAUUUGAUCUGACAUCAAGAUUAACAACAAUAUUGAUUGCACAAUAAUAAUAAUAAUAACAAUGAUAACCAUUUUUAUAGCACUUUACUUUUAUUCAUUAUUCAUUCGUGACUAAGUGCUGAACCGGCAGUGUAUGUCAAGAGGUAGCUGUGAUCACCAACACUUGUCUCUGAUAUUAUUAUUAUAAUUUUGAUUAUCAUCAUUGUUAUUUCUAUUGUGAUUAUUAUUAUUUAUUUACCAUUACUGUUAUCGUUAAUAAAUGUUGUUGCAAUUGCUGUAUUUCUAGUAGAAUCACCAGAGCCGUUAAACAUGCAACCGUGACGUCACUAUCACGUCAUCGUUUGGUUAUCGUGACGUCACAUUGCACGAUCACCAUCGUCAUCAUGUCACUAAAUGAUAACAACACAUGAUAUUAAUGUAUCAUUUCAUUUUCAUAACAUAAUACUCCAAAUAAC